CCUUAUCAAAUACUUCUUGUAGGUAACAUGGGGAAGCUUCAAAAGAAAGGGGAACGUGGGUCUGCCACAAAUUACAUCACCAGAACACAGGCAGUAAAAAAACUCCAGCUCACACUGCCCGACUUCCGUAAGAUAUGUAUCCUCAAAGGUAUUUACCCUCACGAGCCUAAAAAGAAAAGAAAGCUGGCAAAAGGAAGCAGUGCACCCAAGACAUUCUACUACGCUAAAGACAUCCAGUACUUAGCUCACGAACCUCUGCUACAAAAGUUUGCUGAGACUAAGAUCUUUGUGAAGAAGGUAAAGAAAGCCUUGGGUCGAGAGGAGCUUGAUACUGUCCAGCGAGUAAGGGACGCAAAACCCCAGUACACAUUAGAUCAUGUUGUCAAGGAACGGUAUCCCAACUUUGCUGAUGCUAUCAAAGAUCUGGACGACUCUUUGUGCCUGAUCUUUCUUUUCAGUACCAUGCCUCGCCAAGGAAAGGUGCAACCUGGAAUCAUCAACAAAUGCAGAAUCCUGGCGGUACAGUUCAUGCAUUAUUGUAUUGCUGCGAAAUGUGUGAAAAAAGUGUUUGUAUCCAUCAAGGGAAUAUAUGUUCAAGUUGAAAUUGACGGUAAUGACAUCAGCUGGAUCAUUCCUCAUCAGUUUACCACACCUCCCCCUUCCAACAUCGACUUCAGGGUCAUGUUGUCUUUCCUUGAAUUAUAUACCACAGUCCUGGGCUUCGUUAAUUUCAAGCUGUAUUCUAGCUUGAACUUAAUUUACCCUCCCAAAGCUUUAGAUGAUGUAUUCAGCGAGAAAAGCUCCAUUUAUUAUGGUGACGAUAUUUACCGUGAGCGGUUAGAGUCACUGAAUAUUCAGUUGGCAGAAGUACCACAGUUGGAAGAAGAUGAAGAGAUUGAUGAAGAAUUGCUGGCUGGAGACCAAACGUUAGAAGAUCUCGUUCAAUCUCGAAAAGAAGAGGAAAAAUUCAAAAAUCUAUUCAAGGAGUGCAAGUUUUUCCUGGGUAGAGAAGUGCCUCGGGAAAUCUUAGUUCUAACAAUCAAAUCGCUUGGAGGAGAGGUUUCAUGGUCAUCAGAUAGCGGUGUUGCAAGCACAUUUGACGAGACAGAUCCAGACAUCACCCAUCAAAUAGUUGACAGACCCUCUCAGUCCCAUCAGUUCCUCUCCCGGUGCUAUGUGCAACCUCAGUGGAUAUUCGACAGUAUAAACCAGAAGAAACUUCUCCCAGUAGACGAGUACGUGGCGGGAUGUCUCCUCCCACCUCAUUUAUCACCCUUCGUCAACUCUGAGGGAUACCAGCCUCCUGAGCAGGUAGAACUGCUGGAUCGUAACAAGGUGGCAGAGGAUGAAGCAGAACAGGAGCCUAAAGAUGGAAUGACUCCUGAAGAUAAGAGGCUGGCAGUCAUGGCCAUGCCCAAGAAGAGGAAAAUUCUGUACAACAAAAUGGUUUACAGUAAUAAGAAGAAAGCUAGUGCUGUUAACAAGUUAAAAAGAAAGCGUGAGGAGUUGGAUGAAACCAGGGAAAAUAAGAAAGCUGCUCCAGAAUCAUAGUCAGACCAAUUUUAGCUUUCCCACUCUGAAUUCUUUCCUUUAACUAUUUAUUUCUGCGGUGAUUUUUGCUUUUAUUCUGUGUACUUGAGCGGGUCUGGGCAGUUACUUUUACAAGUUUUUAUAAAUUAUUCAUUUUAAGUCGUUGAGCUUGAGCUGUCUGGGGUUUCUUAUGUUUUAACCAAGUGAUAAAUUUUAACCAAUCAUUCUGACAUAAGAUAAAUUGAAAGUAAUUUAUUAUCA